UUUCCAACCAAGCACUUCUUUUAGGUCGCGUUGGAAAGAGACAAGUGUCUUCCAACAGUGAUUUUGAAAUUUAUACCCAUACCUAACCUCAUUCUUCCAAUGAACAAAAGUAUUAUUAAAACCACGCCAUUUUUCUGAAAAAUGAAAAGAAAUUUAUUAUUUUUUUGCUAGGAACGGGAAUAUCCUAAUGAAUUCCAAACUUUGAUGAUUUGUUGUUCUUUCCUGUAUAAUAUGGACUGUCGAGGGUGUUCGUUUCAAUUCUUGGAUAUAUGAAAGUUAUGUUUUUCUCUUUUCAUCUUUAUUUUAAAGAAAUGAGAAAGGUAUACGCCAAACGAAACGCGGAGGGAUUUUAACUGUUAUUUUAAUGAAACAAAAGGCUUCAUUCACGACUUGUUAAAGAAAACCUGUUGAUUCAUGGAUUUAAAUUAAAUAGAUGUCACCAUUGGAUUUGAAACUUUCCUUUUAAAGAGCUUAUAAAACCGAGUUCUUGAAACCUGAUUUCUCUUCCAUUAUGUAUGCGUAUUUGAGAAAUGAAGAUUCAGUAAGAAACAUAUUUUGUGUUCGAAUCGAAUCGCUUCUUCUUCUCGAUUGGUUCUCGCUUUCUUUGUCUCCAGUUUCUUUGUUCUUCCUUUCUGGUGAUGUAGGCCAUUGCUUUCCAUAUAAGAGUUUCACGUUCUAUUCUGCGAUAUUUACAUUCAUUUUUCGUUGUUCUCUUUUUUGUUUUUCAUUUUUCAUUUUUGUCAUGACAGUUCCCUUAGAGCGAACGUCUAUAGUCAGCUCAAACUUAGACAUAUCAACUACAAAGGCUGGUGCUCUUAAUAUUCUGGAUUAUUUGAAACAAGUUAUUAGUAUUUCAUGUUCUUUAGAUCAGGAAUUAACGCUUGCUGAAAUUUCGAAAUGUGAGGAGUUUACAGAUGCUUUCGCUUGCUUUUUGCAAGAUUCAGACCAGCUAUAUCUAUACUUAUUUGGCGUUAUUCGUUCACCGACUUCACAAUCUGAUCCAAAAGACCUUAUAUUAGACAAGUGGAUGUUUCGUAUUGAGUACAAUUAUACAGUAACAUCAGAUUGUGAUUUUGUGCUCGUGUUUUUGAAACAAACAAAAUUUGUAGAUCUGACGGCUCAUUUACAAAAGCAAUUGGUUUUUGCUCACCUGCCUUUGUCUGCCUGCCAAAAUGACAAUCCUUUCGAUUCCUCUAUUAACACUGUGCAUAGCUACGUGAAAUAUGCUUUAGAGCCCUUUUUCCUGAAUUGUGCCAAAGAGACUCCCGAAAAGACAUCUGGUACUUUACCAAACUAUAAUUUACAGCUAAGUAACACAAAGAAGGUUUUUUCUGAGCUUGAGCUAUCCCUUGCCAAUCUUCAAUCUGAUCGUUCAGUUCCUAAUGUGACACUAUACAUACAUCCUGUUAUAAAGGAUGCUAUACAUUGGUCAAAGAUUGAAAAUACAGAGAUCUCUGUCCAAUGCAUUCCUCAUAAUACCCUUUCAAACCCGAAAUUUCUAAAUUCGUUAAAUAUAACUGUUCAUUCUUGGAUGAAAAGCAUAAACCAGCUUGUAGAAACUUCUCAAACUGAAAAACAGGGGUCAACUUCACAGGAAAUUAGGUUUUGGCAUACAUUGUGCCUAUCGUAUAAUGAAGUUUACAAACAAUUAACAAGCUUACCAGUGAAGUUCACUUUGGAGGUGUUGAAUUUUGCUAAGCGUUUUCAUACAACUGCUUCUUUUUUAAAUAACACAAACUUACGCACGCAAUCGGAUACAGCGAACAGAAUUGCCGGGUUUUUAAUUGAUAUUCCUUUACCUUCUAUUCACGGUGCAUCAUCUCUGGAUUCCUUACAUGAAUCCAUCGUGUCCAUACAUGUGUACUUCAUGAAGAGAUGGAAAAGUUCGUGUUAUCCUUUGUCGCGUACUAUCACUUUCUUGAACUGUCUUGCGGAUGAUUUUGCAUCGAAACUUAUAGAAAUAUUAAGCUCUAAACAAAUAAUGGCAAUGCCUUUUGCAGACCUUCAGCAUAACUUCUCAAUUGCUUUAAAUACCUUAACGACUUGGGACUCAAGUAUCAAGGAAUUCUUACUUUUAGUAAAGCAUACCCUCUCUAAAAGAAAAGAAGUCUACGAAGUUGCCGGCUUAAAUGAAAGACCAAAACUGUUAUCGAAAAGACUACAGUCUAUACUAUUAAUAAGAGAGACUCACGAAAAUUUAACCGUGACAAUUUCAUCCCUUUCAUCUUCUGAUCAGGAUGGCGAGGGUCUUUUUGAAGCAGUUUCCGGCUCUGAGUUUUCUGCGUCUCUCGAUCUAUUCCAAAACGUUGAUGUUUUGGAUUGUACUGAAGAUGGUAGAAGGAAGUGGAUUUUGCAUGAGUCAAAAUUUGGUGAUAUACUUUGUCAAUUCGACAAUGAAUUUGUUUCUUUUAUAAAGGAAAAAUUUCGGCUUUGCGAAAAUACUACCCAGAUGAUCUCAAUUUUUUUAAAUUAUAACACUUUGCUUUCGCGUCCGAAAGUUCGAAAUGCUGUUCGCGAAUACCAAGUACAGCUUAUAAACGGAGUAAGCCAAGAUGUGAUGAGCUUAAAGUCUCGUUUUACCGAUGUUACAUCCGAUUUAGAGCUUUUUGCUAUGCACCAGCUUCGCGACAUUCCUCCUGUUUCCGGUGCUAUAAUGUGGUCUAGUCAAGUAACUCGUCGAUUACAAAAGUAUUUCACUCAGCUAGACGUGAUUUUAGGUAAUGAUUGGGCAACCUAUAAUGAAGGAUCGAAGCUGAAAUCAGACGCUCAGUCACUUCAGAAAAAUCUAGAUCCCCUUACUAUUUAUAAGACUUGGUUAAAUACUUUGUCUUUGGAUGUAUUUGAUUUUACUACUCCUAUCUUCAAAAUUGUUCCCGUUAAGGAACUGAAUUGUUUGGAACUUUCAGUUACUCUCGACUCUCAGUUAAUGAUGUUAAUAAAGGAGUUUAGGACUCUUUCGUCUAUGGGGUAUGAAGUGCCAGAGCGGUUUUCAAAAGUAAUUUCUAAUUCACAAAAAUUACAGUCCGUUGCCGCUAAUCUUUCCAGCUCCGCCAAACUAUAUAAUCAAUCACUUAAGAUUGUUGAAACUUCGCCAGUUCAGAAGUAUCUACUUAUGGAAUUGGAGUACAAAAUCCAAUGUCACAUAUCUGAAAAUUUAUUAUUAACGUGGGAAGAUUUUUUAAACGAUGAUAAGACUAGCAAAAGCGAAAGAGAUUUAGGAAACAAUUGUAAUGAUAUCUCUAGUCCGUACUUAUUUAUUUAUCAAUUGAAUUCUCUAAUCAACAUAUACUGCUCUAAAUAUGAAUCAGUUGUUCGUACUUGCUCUGAAAUAGAUAGCAAUUUGAUGCGACUCGAAAACGAUGAAUAUAUUUAUGAAAAUUUCCUUGGAAUAUUAAAGGAAAUUCAAAUAAUUGUUGAUCGUCUAUACGUUGAUGGAUAUUCUAACCUUCAUAAAGUGGUGGUUAUUAUCAACGAUCGAAUUCAGAAUAUUCUAAUAAAAAAACUAAAAAAGAAUCUUGAUGAUUUUUCCUUGCUAUUAGAAAGGACUGAUGAUAACUACAUUACCGAUUUAUUUUCUUCAAAUCUUUUUCUUAAAAGAUUGUUAGAUAAAAGCGUUAUUUUACAGCCAAUAUCUAUGUCACUAAAAAACGGUGCUAUACUGCUUGAACCUUCACUUCAGGUUAUAUUAACGUCAGUUUUUGGCUUAAUAAAUUACCUUUUCUCUUCAGUUGAAAAUCUCCCUGCUAUCUAUUUACGAAGUUAUCCGAUAAGUGGAGGGGUGCUUGAAUCAAAAUCUUCUACUUUUGUAGGCGCUUUAGGAGCUUUGGAUGUUGAAGUGGUGCGUGUAUUUAAUAUAUGCUCAAAUGCGUUAGCUGAAGUUAAAUGUUACAUUGCUACUUUCAAAAGAUAUCAAGUUUUUGAUACACGACUCCUAGAUAAAGCUUCGAGUACAUCUUUGCAGCCAAGUGAUUUAUUUCAUCUCGUUCAACAUCUUGCAUACUCAAAGAAGUCUGUCAACGAAAUUGAUGAUGAAUUUAGGAUGGGAUCUUUUAAGGUGGAUCUUGUGCCAUUUAGAAGCCGGGCAACUUACAAUCUUUCAAAAUGGAUAGAUUUUUACUUUGAGCUAUUCUCACAAGAGUUAACCGAUUCUGCUCGGAAUUCUCAACUGAGUCUUUCCUAUUUUCAGAGCGCGCUGAAUAAUAUCAGACUUGAUUGGCAAUCACUUAAAGAAGCAAAUGAGUCUGUCUUAAACUUGCGGAAUUCUUUGAACUAUAAGGAGACAAGUUCAGCCUUACUAGAACUACUGAAGUCGGCAGAAGACGUUUUUAAGAACGUAAACUAUCGCCUUCGUAAUGAUUGGAUAUCUUAUGACCAGAUGGUACGUGAACUAACUCCUUUUUUUAUUGCUUUGGAUGAAAUAAAUGAUUAUUAUGUUGAAAAUAGAAGUAAGUUGAUUAAAUUUGCAAAUAAUUCAAGCGGAGAUUUAAGGAUCAAGUUAGCUUUGUUCUUUUCAAAUUGGGAUCUGGAAAAACUUCGUUUUCAUGAUAUUGGUCUUGAGAAUUUUUCGACCCUAAUCGAAAAAUAUUCAGAAAAUCUAAAUUGUUUAAUUGAGUUGUUAGGUGAACAAUCUCGAUUAGAAAUAUCCUUAGGAAUUCCUCCGUCCGAAUUCAGUGACACUUCUAGGUGUUCUAGCGAGGUCUCUUCAUAUAAAGAUUUGAUAACUUUUGUGUCAGAAAAUUUAAAGGUUUUACAGAAUUACGAGAAAACUCCUUGGUUAUUUUUUGACUGUCAAGCAUUCGAGAACGAAUUAACUGAUCACAUUAAAGAACUGAAUAAUUGUCCACCUAAUAUUAAAUCUUUGGAACCUUAUGUUAAACUGAAUGCAAAGAUUACCGAUCUUUUAGACAUUAUGCCUUUGCUACGUGAUUUAAAACGUAAUAAUGUCCAAAAAGAACAUUGGCAAAAGUUAUUGUCAGCUAUCGGAAUAGUGCAUUAUGAUCCGUACGAGAAUUGGACCUUAGGUUAUGUAUUAGGCUUAAAGUUGUCUUCACAUAUUGCUUUAAUUAAGGAAGUUGUUCAGGAAGCUGCUGAAGAAGCGUCCAUUCGGGAAUCUUUGCAAUCAAUAUGCCGAAGCUGUGCAGAGUAUGAAUUUCAAUUCCUUCUUUACGAUAACAGAACUUACAUAUUAAAAGAUUGUGAUAGACUAGUAUCCGAUUGCGAAGAAUGGAUUGAUCAGUUAAAUGCUAUAAAAAUAUCUGAAAGCUAUAAUCAGGUUAAAAGCUUAACUGAUGAUUUAACUGAAAAAAUAAGUCAGUUACUUGAUUUUCUUAAUAUAUGGAUUGAAGUUCAGCAAUAUUGGACGUAUUUAGAUGGCGUUUUUUCAAAAAACGAAGUGUUUCAAUCUUUAUUACCUCAAACUACUGUUGCUUAUUAUCAUUCGACCAAGUCUUAUACUCAAGGAAUUAACCUACUUCUUUCUUCAAAAGGAAUUGUAGGAUUUCAAAAGCUGCAAUUACCAAAAGACUUCGCUGGUACUUUGCUUCAGUCGUUGUUUGAUAUCAAGAAGUCAUUGGUUGAUUACUUCGAAAGUGAACGAUUGAAAUUUCCUCGUCUAUUUUUCCUUGGUGAUGAGGACUUACUAGAGCUGGUUUGUCAUAUAGACAGUAAUGCUGCUUUGGAUAAGCAUAUCGGAACUUUGUUUCCUGGAAUAAAAGGACUUGUUCUCAAUCAAGAGGAGGGUACAAUUGAGAAAGUUGUUACAGAUGAGCAACUAAACCUUGCACUUUCAUCGCCGGUAAAAAUCAAACAAAAGUCUGGCUGCUUUGAUUGGGUCAAUUUUAUUGAAAAAGAUAUCAGGAAUGUGCUUUUGGGAAGUUUUUCUGUGGCAUAUUCUAAUUUAAAUCAAAACUAUGGUAUCAAUGGUUUGAAUGUUUGGUUUCCUGACUGGUUGAAGUCAUUCCCAAGUCAAAUAUUGCUACUUUGUUUUCGUUGUUUUGCUAGUCAAUCCAUAAAGCAAGGAAUCAAUGCGAAGGAACUUACCCGCUUUGAUAGUAUGUUAGAAGGCGGAAUUGACUGGUUAAGUAACUACGCAAUUGAUGACGAUAAUGUGAUUUUACGAAAGAAGGUUUUAUUAUUCAUCAACGAAAAACUGCAUUAUAGGUCUUUGCUAAAAACCCUUGUUGAACACAACUAUAAUGACUAUUAUUGGUCUCGCGAAAUUAAGUGUUCUUAUGGGAUAGAUGAAUCUGGUAAGCAUUCUAUAAAUGUUGAAAUGUUUACGGUUACCUUUCCCUAUGCGUUUCAUUAUGUGGAGAUUGAGAAUCCUUUCGUUUAUACUGAACUGACCAGAGAGUCUUUUUCAACAUUGAUACAUGCUAUCCAUUUAGGCUUUGGAGGGGCUCCAUCUGGGCCUGCAGGAACAGGAAAAACCGAAACAGUAAAAGCACUCGGUGCUUAUCUUGGCCGAUAUGUUUUCGUAUUUAACUGUGACGAUUCUUUCAAUUAUAAAGUAAUACGCCGAAUAUUAACUGGACUAUGCCAACUAGGUGUAUAUGCUUGCUUUGAUGAAUUCAAUCGACUGAAUCCCGGAACUUUGAGUUCAGUGUCUCAAGAUAUUCAACUAAUACAGACUAAAAGUAAGAGAGGUUCCAAAAAUUUAGUGCCAAUUGACGGUAAAAUGAUUGAAACUGACCAAAGCUUUUCUAUUUUCGUAACUUUAAAUCCUAACUAUCACGGCCGUUCGGAGUUACCUUGCAAUUUGAAGCGUCUAUUUCGUACUGUUUGGAUGGAAACCCCUAAUUCAUUUCAAAUUUGUCAGGUACUUCUUUAUAGUAAUGGCUUUCAGAAUUCGUCUUGCCUUGCAAAUGUUUUGACUUCUUUCUUUGAAAAUUGUGCCAAACAAUUUUCCCAAGUGUCAUAUUAUGAUUUUGGACUUCGAACUAUACGUGCCAUCAUUAAAAUAUCUUGUAAAUUUCGCCGCAAUAAUUUACUUAAAUGUGCCGAAUUUGAUGAUCUUGAAUUAAUUUAUCAAGCAAUUCAGAGUGUGACUUUACCCAGACUGAAUGUUGAAGACGCAAAGGUAUUUGAAGAUCUGAGAAGAAAGUAUUUUGAAGUUAUCAGUAUACCAAACAGUGAGUUAACGACCAUUAAAGGCUCAAUUGAAGCCGUGCUAAAGGAUUAUAAAUCAAUAUAUAACUUUACAUAUCUCACUCAAAAAAUACUUCAACUUCAUCAGCUUUCCGAAGUUUACAGUGGGAUUAUCAUUUAUGGUUGUACUGGCUCAGGUAAAACAAAUACUUGGAAGACUCUUUUAGAUGCUUUCAGUAAACUUCAGAUUAAAAAUGAGCACUACGUGAUUUCUCCAAAAUCUAUUGAUAAAGAUUCCCUUUUCGGAACUUUAGACUUGACAACUCAUGAAUGGACAGAUGGUAUAUUUACCAAAAUACUACGUUCAGCUAUAGGUUCUGAAACUCAAUAUUGGAUUAUUUUUGAUGAUGAUAUUACGCCUGAUUGGGUUGAAGCUAUGAACAGUUUACUGGACGAUAACCGCUUUUUGACAUUACCUGAUGGCGAAAGAAUUCCUCUUUCUGAUAAUGUUAGGAUUCUUUUUGAAGUUGACAAUAUUCAGUCUGCAACAAUGGCUACUAUCAGUAGAUGUGGUAUUGUAUACGUUGAUGACCAGCCUAUGGCAAAUAACACUUUUAUCCAGCCAUUAUUGACGGGAUUCCCCCUAAAAAAAGAAAACUCAAAAACAAGUACGCUAAUGUAUGAAACUGUGAUCAGCAUUCUUUCCGAACUACCAAUAGUCGAAUCCUAUGAAUUUGCCAGUAAUUUAUCCCAUAUUAUGGAAUUUGAAAAGUCAAGGUAUAAAGAUACGCUUUUGUUAUAUUUUAGAAAGGAAAUUAUAAAUGCUUAUAGAUUGCUUGAGGUUAAUUACUCCUACGAUGAAGCAAGCUUGACGGCUUAUAUGAGGAAGAAAUUCUUACUUUCAGUCGCUUGGGCAAGCAUUGGUGAUUCUGAUUUAGAAUCUCAGCUUAGAUUUACAGACUGGAUAAAAAAGAAUUAUGAUUUAGGGACCGCUAUACCAGAUACUAGCAAAUUAAUUUUGGAUUUAGAUGUUGAUGCUCAAACCCAAAAGUGGAUAUGUGCCAAGGAAAGCUCCGAGAAUGACUUUAAUGAUGGUUCAUCAAAUUUAAGCGAAAUAGUAAAAACACCUGAAGUAAUUCGCUAUGGUAAAUUGAUUAACGACCUUUUAUUCAUGGAUAAUUUUUUGGUUUUUUGUGGACCUCCUGGCUCAGGAAAGAGUAUGACAAUGCUUCAUUUUUUGAACGAUAAUGAAGCAACUGAUGUUGCUGUAAUGAACUUCUCGGCAUCUACUUCCGCUUAUGCUAUAAUUCGCUUCUUGGAAAGAAAUACCAUGUAUAGUUUACGUGCCAAUUCAUCCUACAUUGCUCCGAAAAACAAAAAGUUAUUAGCUAUAUUCUUUGAUGAAAUCAAUUUACCAAAGUCAAAUCAAGAUGGAGGAAACGACGCUUUAUGUUUUCUGAGAUGUGUACUGCAUUACAAAGGGUUUUGGCAUCCUAAGUUGAAGAAAUGGAUAAAUUUGAAAAGGAUUGUUAUUUUUGGUGCAUGUAACCCUCCUACGGAUUAUGGAAGGUCUUCCUUGUCAUCACGUAUUCUCAGAAAAUCAAUAAUUAUACAAUAUGGAUAUCCUAGCUUCGAUUCACUCAUUAGGAUUUAUAAGCCUAUAUGUGACAGAAUUUUGAGCUUUGCGGAUUAUAACCAUUCCUGGUCAUUAAAUGAGAGGGUUCUUGAAUGUAGUGUCAAGGUUUAUGAAGAAAUUAAACUUUCGUUUUCUUCAAAAGACGAUAUUAUCCAUACAUAUACUCCAAGAGAAUUAACAAAAUGGUUUUAUUGUUUGCAAAAAUUGGUUGAAUCACUCAGCCGCGUUACUUUCGAGCAGUUACUUCAAUUAUGGUAUCAUGAAGCGUGUCGAGUUUUCCUGGAUAGGCUAAAUAAAACGGACUUUGAACUCGGUGAAUCCAAAUUACAAAGCUCAUUAUAUUCACAAUAUGAAGGAUUUGACUUCAAGAAAUUUAAAAAUUAUUAUAUAUGUGAUUUAUUUUGUGAAAAUUACAGUAUAGUUACUCUGAAUACCGUGAAGUUUUAUCUACAAAAAUAUAUUGAGGAUUUCAGCAUUGCAUAUCCAAAUUCACUCUUUGUCCCUACAGAUAAAAACUGUCUGGAUGCUAUUCGGAUUAACCGUGUUUUUGUACAUAAUGGUAGCCAUGCUAUCAUUUAUGGUGAAUAUGGAUCGAACCAGAAAAGUGUUUUAGAAUUCGUAAGCUGGAAGCUUGGCUAUAAAUUAUUCUUUUUUAAUCCUUGCUUACAGCCACAGUUUUUUGACUUAAUGGACGAGUUAAAGACAAUAGUUAAACUUGUGGUUGCUGAUGAUAUUAAGCUUUGCUUUGUAAUUGAUCACUUUCAGUGCGUUAAUUCGGACGUAUUUGAGGUUAUGAACAAUUUGCUUACAGGAUCUGAUAUAAGCUGUCUGUUUACAGAUGAAGAAUGGGAAAAUCUCAGGAAGAGUGUAAUGCUCCGCUAUUUGUGUAAAAUUGAAAGUGAAGUUAUCAAAAAAAUACAGGACUUAAUUUCUGAAAACCUUCAUGUGUUUUUUAUAUUCUACACAUCAAGUUAUAAAGGCCUGAAUGUGUUAUCUCCUGCCCUAAUAAACAGAUGCACCACCAUUUAUUUUCAGCCUCCUGAUAAAUCGACUAUUCAAGAAGUAUUUAGUAAUAAGCUUCUAGGUUUUUCAGAGCUAUCCAACGAGUUAAAUGAAAAAUUCCUGGCGGAAGAACAGCGUCUAAAGUUAGUGAGCCUAAUGUCUGGAUUACAUGUGUAUAUGAAAGCUUACUUCGAGAAAAAACAGAGUAACUUGAAUUUAAGUCCGAAUGUUUUAACUGAUUUCAUCAUCUUAUUUGUAAAACUUUUUAAAAAUCUGCGCGAUCGUCUAUUUGAUGAGAAGGACCACGUUGAUAGUGGAUUAAAAAAACUCAAGGAAACUUCCGAUAAUAUUCAGCUUUUAAAGACUGUUUUAUACGAGCAAGAAACUGCGCUUAAUACGAAAACGGAUCAUGCAAACACUAGGUUACAUAACUUAAUGAAGGCCAAACAGGAAGUCGAAGUAAGACAAAAGGAAGCGUUAGACUUGGAGCACAAUUUGAGAAGUCAAAAUGAAGAAAUUGAGUCUAAAACUUCAUUGGUUUUGAAAGAACUCUCAAUGGUAAAACCUGCUAUUGUGGAAGCCAAGGCCUCUGUCAGCAAUAUUAAGAAGAGUCAUCUCUCAGAGCUGAGGAGUCUUUCUCAUCCUCCUACCGUUGUCAAACUAACAAUGGAGGCAGUAUGCAAGUUACUGGGGCAUAAAGUGACAUCUUGGAAAUCUGUACAGUCCUUAUUGAAACGAGAGGAUUUUAUUACUAACGUUUUGAAUUUUGAUACAGAGAAGCAACUAAGUCCGUCCCUCAGAAAGCGUAUUGAAAGCGAAUACUUUUGCAACGCAUCCCUCAAAUAUGAAGUCGUCAAUAGGGCUAGUAAAGCUUGUGGACCUUUGUUUCUUUGGAUUAGAUCGCACUGUAACUAUUCUAAAGUUCUGCAAAGAGUAAGUCCGUUAAAUGACAAUGUCUCGCACUUAAAAGCGAAAGGUGAAGAAAUGCAGCACAAACUCCUUAACGUUAAAUCGGUUUCAGAGGGGCUCGAUAAAGAACUAGUUGGAAUGCAAGAAGAUUAUGCUACUUUGAUUACUGAAGUCCACGCGUUGAAGCUUGAACUUACAAGUAUUCAAGAUAAAGUCAAAAGGAGUCUAAAAAUUAUGAAUGACAUGUCUACGGAAAAAAGUUACUGGGAGAAUUUUGUGAACGCAUUUGAGGAGAGAUUAUCCGAAUUGAAUGGCCAUAGUAUUUUGGUUGCCUUUUUGGUAAAUUAUACAGGUUUAUUGGAUCCUAUCGAACGAGAAACCGUUAUUGAGCAUGUUUCUUCAGUUUUAAUCCAAGAGAAUUAUAUCGACUCCAAAAAGAAUAUAAUGUACUUCUUACAGGAACUUUUUUAUAAUGUGUUGGGUGAGGCAAAACUUUCUUUUAAAGACGAUCACUUUAUUACGAAUAUGGCGAUAAUAAGUGAAUGUGUGAGACCAGCUUUAGUAAUUGAUCCCUCUUUUUAUGCUUUCGAAUCAUUGAAAGCAUGUUUUGGAGAUUCCGUGAUUUGCUUAAGCUUAUCAAGUAAAACGUUUAAGAGUCAAUUGAAAGCAGCCUUAAAACUUAGGAAACCAAUAAUAAUCAAGGAUGUGGAGUAUUGGUGUCCUCUAUUAGAUUUACUUAUAACUCCAGAACUUUACUCGGGAUCUGGAAAUGUAUCUAUUAAAGUUUCGAAGGAAGUAUUUGAAAUAUCUGUGCCUCUUAAAGUGAUCAUCUACUCUAACACAUUUAAUGAUUCUUUUAUUACUUAUAAGAUAAGCAGUUUUACUACCAUCGUCAAUUUUACACCAUCGUCAUCUGGUUUGAGUAAAGAAUUGUUAAACUCGCUGAUUGAUAUGGAAAACAGUGAUUUACUAAAAAGCAAACAUUAUACUAGAGAACGACUAGUACAAAUAAAGUCAGAGUUAUUGACUCUGCAAAAGAAUCUUCUGACUAUUCUUUCGACUCUUAACAUUGACAUCCUAGCAAAUGAUGAUGUUUUAAUUAUUUUAAACACUAUACGUUCUUCGAUUGAUGAAAAGGAAAAUCUGGAUUUGGAAUGGAUUAUGCUCGAAAGAAAAAUUUCCGAGAUGAGUUGUCAUUUUACCAGGAGUAUUGAAUUGUUUACCUUUUUGAUUCUUGUUUUCAAAGUGAUGAGUGUAAGAAAUUCUCGAUACGAUACAUCAAUGAAGUUCUUCGCUUCAUUAUAUAAUCAGCUGCUCCUAAAGAUUAAAUCAUUAAGUGAGACUGCAGCGAAACCUGAAGAUUUAUUUAAAUUUAUCAUGAAGAUAAUGGUUGAAAAUUGCUGUUUAUCAAUUCUGCCAAAAGAUAGAUCAUUGUUUGCUGUUUUGAUUUCGGCUUGCCUUUUUUAUAGGGAAUCCGAAAUACUCUGGAAGUCAAUUGGUGUGGACCUUAGUUCUAUCAUGGGUAGAUUUAACUUUAGAAAGUCAAUUGUUUGCGAACCACAAGUAUCGAGAAACGUGCAAGAAUUCUAUAAAAAAUUGGAGAAGUCGGACAUUUCAGAAGUGGAUUAUUAUUCCUUUAUAAAGUGGUUCUCAGAAACUGUACUAGGCAUUAAUGUUUUGAAUAUACCAACUAAGCUAGAUACCAUCAUAUCCGAAGGCAUAAGUAACGAUAUGCCGUUGAUCGUUAUUCCGUUGAAUGGAAUAGAUAUAAAGCAAUAUAUGGAACAGUGUUUAGCUGAAAGAGAAGUCAAUUGUAUUACAAUACCAAUGGGCUCAUUAGACUCAGAAGAACUUGCCGAUGUGACUUUAAGUAAAGCAGAACAGGAGCCUUGUUGGGUUUUCUUAGAAAACAUUCACCUUUCUCAGAGAUGGUUGGAAAGUCUGUCAUCCAAGCUGAAAGCAGGCUUGCAUCCUAAAUUUAGAAUGGUAUGCACUUCAGAUAUCUCAUUUAAAUUUCCUACGUGGUUAUCAUCUAAUUUUCGGUACCUAUAUUUCGAUUUAAAACUUAGCUUCAAAGAAGUAUUGAUGAGAAAUUUGAAGUUUGUCUUUACGACUGAAUUGGGCAUACCUCAACAAUACGGUAUCCUAUCUUUCCUUAUAGCCUGGAUCCAUACAAUUCUCUUUGAGAAAUUGUGUAUUAUUGAAAGCAAUGAGCAAAGUCGUACUGACAUAAACGACGUUGAUUUAUUCACGGCGAUGAAUGCACUCUCGGCAUGUGUUAAGCUAUCAUCUAGCCAAAGGACUAGCGAAGACCUCCCAAAUUUCCCUUGGGACAUGUUCCAGGAACUUGUAAUUAAUAUCGCAUACGCUCCUAAAGUGUCAAGCCAGAACGAUCUAUCUAUCUUAAGCAGUAUGCUCCAAUAUUUUGUUAAACAAUUAAGAGAAGGUAAAUUACAGAAUCUUUCUCUAGCUUCAAAUCAAAGGCUGAACCCACCUCUGACAUAUACUCUUGUCGGCUGUGAAAACUUCACUAAAGGCUUACCUGACAAUAUUCCUUCGGUAUGGCUUGGCAUGGAAAGUACGUUGCAAUCAAAUACCGACAGUAUAAAUCCCAAAGGGGUUGUGAAAGAUUUAUCAAACUUACUUACAGAGAUCAAAACCUGUUAACAUUAAUAUCGCUUGAAAAUAUAUGAUGAUAAAACGGACAAUUUAACCAACUUAAUCUCCCAAGUUAUUUAUAAUUUAAUUUAGACAUAAAAAUAUUGCAUUAAAAUGAAUUUAUCUAAAACCCCUCUAAACCGGUAUGUCCAAAAAUUAAAGUAAACCAUAGGAAAAAUAUGAUUCGUUUUCAUGAUUACUGUUUUUUUAAAGUUAGGCGCCUAGAAUAACCAAAAAAUAAUUUACAGAAUAUUUAAAAUUUAAGAGUCC